CUUCGGUUACGUCGCUGGCAACAUACAGCGUCCACUGGACCGUUCCCAGUGAUUCUCAGCUGCCAUCGCGUUCCCCUAUCCCUGUAAUGCGUCAACAUUCAUCCGGCCCCUGAUUUGACGUCCAUAGGGCCAUCAGAACCGCAUCAACCUCUCCCUGACGCGCCACCUGGUCCCUUCGAAGCACCCGCCUCUGCCCCGUCUGUGUGUUCAAGCCAUAUAUUGGUGGGUGAUUGGUGGCAAUGUUGAGCCUGGCGCUUCCCGCGCGAAAUGUGGAGCUGGACUUCACGCCGUUCGGUUACCUGCACCAGCGGCCGGUGGGUAGCGGACAGUUCGGGGCGGCACACCUCGUGAGCGAAAUCGAUGACCCCGAAUCAUACUGGCUCGCUAAGGUGAGCUGAUGGACUCUCUCUCUCUCUCUCUGUGUUGAGAGGCGUUCAUUGUGCCGUUAUUGUUGGUUUGUUCGUGUGAUGGGAUGGACGGGUGCAGGUGAUUGAUGUGGGUUCGUUGGAUGCGCGGGACCGUCAGGCGGCGAUGCAGGAGGCCGAGCUGCUCAAGAAGCUCGAUAACCCCUACGUCGUGCGGUAAGUGGAGAGAGGGAUGGAUGGAGGAGAGGGAUACUCAUGGGGCCAUGUGUUGGCGUGUAUGUGCUGUGGUGGGGUGGGUGCAGCAACCGUGAGUCGUUCAUGAUGCACUCUAAGCUGGUGAUCAUAAUGGAGUACUGCGAGGACGGCGACCUCUACGACCAAAUCGAACAGAGAAGCAGAUCGCGGAACCCCGAUCUCUUCCCUGGUGAGUGAGCCGUUCAUCCACCCACACACACACCUCUGCACCCGCACACGCGUGCAUGUGUCAUCGACUGUAUUGUGUGUGUGUUGUGUGCGACAGAGGAGCAGAUCAUGAAGUGGUUCGGGCAGCUGGUGUUGGGGCUCAACUACAUCCACAGCCAGAAGAUACUCCACAGAGACCUCAAGACGCGAAACAUCUUCCUCACCAGGUAAACACCCACACACACACACACACCCAGGCAUCUGUCCAGCAUGGCGUGUGUGUGUGUGUGUGUGUGGGUGUGGGUGUAUUAGAGAGGGCACUGUGAAGAUCGGUGAUUUCGGCAUCUCCAAGGUCUUGGUGGAGACCGUGGCCACCAAGAACCGCACCAUCGUCGGCACGCCACAGUACAUGAGCCCCGAGAUGUGCGAGAAUAAGCCUUACACGUUCAAGUCUGACAUAUGGGCGCUCGGUUGUGUGCUCUACGAGGUGAGCCGGUCCUUCAGCAGCAGCAGCAUCAUGGCGCAUGUGUCGGCAUCUCUCAUGUGUGUGUUUGUGGUGUGCAGUUGUGUUCGUUGCGUUAUGCGUUCUUUUCGGACUCUUUGUUGGGUUUGGUGUCCAAGAUAGUGUUUGAGAAGUUCGAGCCCAUCCCGUCUAGCUACUCGCCGUACCUGCAGGAGCUCGUCCGGUCAGAACCAAAGAGAGAGCGUUGACAGACGGACGGUGAUGGGUUCUGGGCGUGGUGCGGUGUGUUGUGUCAGCCGUCUGCUUGCCAAGGACCCCUCGAUGCGGCCCACACUCUCGUCCAUUCUCCUCGACGAAUCGUUCCAGGUACACAAAGACACAGACACAGACACACAUGCGGUUGACAAUGCCUAAUAUGUGGUGUGGUGGAUGGACGGAUGGCAUUCGGCAUCUGGUUGUCAUGUCAGGCGUUUUUGCCGCAGGAGGCGACCAUCUACAACUCGCCGACCUUCCGCAACCGGCGGCUGUCCAUCACGCCGCAGCUGCCGGAGGAGCAGUUCAAGUUCCUCAUCACCAAACUCAAAUUCAAAAUCGAAGCGCAGGUAGGUACCCAUGGCUUUCUCGUAUGUCUUCCUCGUUACACAUCUGUGUGUGUGUGUGUGUGUAGGGUAUGACAUUAUCCCAGGUGAUCCCGAUGAAGAGCCCCAUGCCGGGCAGCUGGACGAGGAAGGUCUCGCGCAUCGACGAAGAGCCACAGGCACUACAGGCAUGAACACACACACACGCCUUACACACACGCACACACACACACACACAGCUGCAGCACAUGAUAGACGUGCGUGUGUCUGUGCAGCAUCCCAAGCGGCGGGUGGAAUUCUUCUACGACGAGCGGUCUGAGGGCGAAGACCAGGCUGGCCCUCAACCGGUGCGCCCAGCCAUCUGCCCAUCCAUCCAUGCCAAAAGUCCCAUUAUCUCCAUUCUCUCCAUCUCCCUCCGUGUGUGUGUGUGUGCAGGUGCGCACCGGUUCAGCCGUCAAGAUCGACCCCAUUUCUCUGACCAUCCCCCGCGGACCCAACUCGCCAGCAGACUCUGACGACCAACACGUCAGUGACCUUUCCCCCUCUCUCCACCCACUUCGUCCACGGAUGCCCGAAGGUGUGUGUGUGGUGUGUGUGGCUUGUAGGAUGGUGAAGACCACACAGGGAGAGAGAGAGAGAAGGGCGGCGGGUCCAAGGAGGCCAACCCACAGGCGGGGGACGUCAGCAGUGGGGGGGCCGUGUCGCCCCCACCCACAGCACCGGCUGAAUACUUCAAUAUCAAGAGAGACGAGGAGGGGGCUCAGGUACGCUUAAGGUGCACAUCCACACACACAUAAUAGGGCGGACGGGUGUGUGUGUGUGGUGGAUUGUGUGUGGUGUGGUUGCAGAACGACCAGUGGCUGAAGCAGCCGAUCAGCCUGAGCGAGUUUGUGUUCAACCUGUCCAAUCGUGUGCCCAACCUGGGCCUCUCGGACAAGGAGAUCAAGAUGAUCUACCGAAGAGUCCAGGUGGGUAUGUUUAUGUUUGUCUGUAAGCUUGUAACCACCAGCCAACCAUCUCUAUAGCCUCUUUGGACCCUUUCUGUGUGUGUCUGUGUGUGUGCGCGCAGGGUCUGUCGCAUGCAGACCUGGUGGUGCGUCAGAUCCGUGACGCCCUGACCGACUCCCUCCCGUGGGGCUCUCUCUCUCUCCAAGAGGUUGGUGCACUCGACGAACGAACGAGCCACAGCGUCCGCACACCCAGAUGCCCAUCCAUCUUUGUGUGCGUCUGUGUGUCAGCUGUGUUUGAACAACCUUUCUCGGUUCGCCAUCGAGCAGGCCGGCGCCACCAUACGGGAGGAGUGCCACAAGCUGGACAGCUUCGAGCAGGGCUGGGUCAAGGAAUCUGACUUCAGGUACCCCCUCCCCCCAGCACCAACAGAGAGAGAGAGAGAGAGGGAUGCCUUUGUGUUAGGUGCAUCUUGGAGAAGGCGUUGCCGAAGCUGGGCAAGCCCGAGUUGGAGAAGAUCGUAUGGAUCGCCGACAAGGACUCCCACGGCGACAUCAUCUUCGACCAGUUCCUCAAACACUUCUUCUCGGUCGUUAGAAGAGUCUCAAACCUCCACCUAGGUAGGUGCCUUGCACCCGACCCCCUCCCGCCAUCCUCUCACCCCUGUGUGUGCUCAUGUGUGUGUGCGUCAGUGCAAUCGGUUGUGUCGGCAGCGGGCGAUGUCGAGAAGGCGCGCGCCUCCCAGCGGGGCAGCACAAUGUCGCCGCCUGGCGGCAAGCCGGGCCAGCAGAACAUGCCGGACACGCUUCUGCCGCCCAGGAGCAAGAGCCUCUGGACGAGCGGCGUUACUACAGGUGGCUGAGGGAGGGAGGGAGGGAGGGAGGGAGGGAGGCACGAGCAGACAGCACACACAACUCACACAUGGCUGCUGCAUGGUGUGGGAAUGGCAGAUUUUGACGACGGUGGCGUGAGUCCCUCUGCCGCAUCGCCGCGGAGCCCCUCGCUGCUCUCACCUUCGCUCGUAUACCGGCGAUCACGGUAAGCACCCACACCACACAGACCUGACUGUCAGGCGGAAGUUUCUCGCCCACUCCCUCCCUCCCUCCCUCAGAGUGAUUCGGAUGCCUGACGAGUACCUGGGUCUGGUGCUCGCCCGGAUGCGCCGCAAAAUCCGCAGCCAGAAGCUGCGGAUGGAGACCCUCUUCGUCCGCUUCGACGCCUCCCAGCCGGACUACCGCCCGUCCAUGAUGGUCACUGACGAGGACGACCAGCGACGUACGCCACAUAUAUCCACUUCCCCCACCCCUCCCCCCACCAGCCCCCACACACACAUGGAUGGAUGGAUGGAUCAGGCAUGGCGGAUCCCGCCCAUCUGCUGCACGGCAUCCAGACCAUCACAGAGGGAGACGAAGAGGACCAUCACGAAGACGAAGAUGUCGACAAGGAGGAGAGCGGCCGCCAGCGCGAGAAUGAGCAUGGCCACGCAGCAGGGAUGCAGUCCGACACAGCCAAGUCCACACCCACUGGCAAUAGGGCGAGGAAGCGGGCCGUCACCAUCGGCGGUAUUCUUCACAACACCACACUCACACGCAUGGACACGAGGACAGGGCCCACAGGGGUUUAUGUGUGCGUGUGUGGCGUGAUGUGUGUUGUGUGUUGUGUGUCAGGUGUGGGCCGUCUGUCGUUGUCUCACCACGAGGGCGAGUUGCGUUCGUCGAGCAAUAGUCCGCUGGUGUCCCUGGACGACCUGAAGGAGGCCGUCAAGGCACACAACCUGGAGAUUUCCAAUGAGGUGGGCGGGCUGCACACACAGACAAAGAGGAAAGUGUUAUGUGUGUCGUGUGUUGUGCCUGCGUGUGUGAGCGUAGGAGUGUGAGCUCUUGUUCAACCGCCUCGACCAGGGCCGCCCGGGCUUCGUAGCCGUCGACGAACUCAUUGUGAGUCCAUCCAUCCAUCCAAUCAGCGCGCGUGGCAAUGCACCCACCACCACCUCUCUCUCUCUCUCUCUGUCUGUGUGUGUGUGUGUGUGACCUACCCACACCAACAGGCCCAGAUUGAGAGCGAGGGCGGCAAGCGUCGCGAGGCGGCCGUGGCAGCCGAGCACUGGGCGAGGGAGCUCUUCACAUGGGUCGACGAGUAAGUAACACAGAGAUCUCACAGACUCGCAGAGAAAGAGAUGACCCGAAUCCGAAUGUCUCUCUGCGCGUGGUGGUGUGUGUCUUGACGAGCUCAGGGGGUUGAAGAAGCGCAUCUGUGACGCGUUUCGCGCGUUCGACCCCGAUCAGAAGGGCUACGUCAACAAGAGCUUCUUCCGAACCGUCAUGCACCUGUUCUUCCCUAAGGUGCGCAAACACACACGUACACACACACAUGGGCACCAUCUCGUUCUUCUGUGUGUGGUGUGAUUGGUGUGUGUGGGCUCAUGUCAUGCAGCUGUCGUCGGGUCAGCUGGACACUUUGUUCAACAUUGCCGACAAGACGUGGGACGGGGAGGUCGAGUACAAUGAGUUCAUCAACGGCGUCCUCAACCUCGGUACACGCCACACACCACUGCACCUAGCCCCCCACCCUGUGUGUGUGUGUUGUGGUUGCAGCGAAUUCGCCGACGAUGAGUCCGGCUGCCAACCAGGUGGUGUUUUCGCCGAGUGCCGGUGGCAGCAGCGGCUCGCACCGCAGCUCGUCCAUCACUUCACAGGCAUCCUCCGCCUUCAACUCGCCACUGCACAGCAAAGCGAUUGAAUCCGCUUCCUCACCGGUCAGUCAGUACUCGGCACACACGUGUGGUCUCUUCGCAACGACGUGUGUGUGUGCGUGUGUGUGUGUGUGCAGAAACAGUCUUCUCGCAUCUCACAGAUGGACGUCCUCUUCGGCGCAAUGAUCGAAGGCAGGGUCGCACACCACCCCUGCACACACCCCAAAGCAGACACACCCCUCUCUCUGUGUGUCUGUCUGUCUGUCUGUCUGUGUGUCAUCAGGUGUGCUGGUGGAUGCUGGUCGCGACGGCAGGCUGGACGACAUGUGUCUGACCUCUGGGCUGGAGCGGCAGGACGCCGCAACACUCGGUUCACAGCUCAACGCCCUCAGGGCUGUGCAGGACGUUGUCGAGCAGCUCCAGAGAGAGAGAGAUUGGUACGCCUGUGUGUCUGGGUGUGCAUGGGGGUCACUCGCCUGUGUGUGUGUGUGUGUAGGUCGUGUGUUGUGGUGACGGAUAGAGGCGACGAGGACUCGUUGAAGGUCCGUCGAGGCAUCCCCCACACACACGCAUCGACACACACACACACACACACUUCUGUCUGUCUGUCUGUCUGUGUGUCUGCAGGAGUUGAGCAAGGAGCGUGCAGUGCUGGACGCGUGGCUGACCAAGAUGGACGAGGCGCUGUCCUCGUGCAUCCUCCCCCACUUCCACACCAAGAAGAAGCCGCCCCCCACACAUUCACUUGCCGCGUCGCCCCAGACCAAACAGCCUUCACGCCUAGCAUCGCCACGCAAGACCCAGGCGGCUUCACCCCGUGGACGAGCAGUGAGCGACCCCCUCCCCCCUCUCCCACCAACUCUCAACACAUACACACAUCUCUCUCUCGCUCUGUGUGUGUGUGUGUGUCAUUGUCUUAGGACGGUUUUAUCCGUCGCAUCGGCGAGACUUUGCACGAGAAGGAGAUGUACCAGCAGAUGGAGGCCGCCAGGGAGAAACGCAGACGAGAGGCCGCCGGCGAGAAGGCUGCCGGCGACAAGGAGGGACACACACAGCAAGAGGCCUCUGGUGCCUCGGCGGCUGAGUCGCCCAAGUCGCCCAAGUUCAAGCUGACGGGGCUGGCUGAGCACGAGCAGCCUGGUUCGCUGGCGUCGAUGGCGGCGACGAGCGUCUACACGGAGAGCGACGAGAGCAUCUUCGACACGGGCGCUGGUGACGCACACAAGAGGCGGAGAGCCUCUGGGGAGGAGGAUGAAGAGGAGGAUGAAGAAGAGGAUGAAGACCAAGUGAGUGGGCUAUAUACCUUCUCUCUCUCUCGCAAAGGAAAUCUCUGGUUCUGUCGUGUGUGUGUGUGUGUAUGUGUGUGUGUGUAGGGUGAGGAGCAGUGCGACUGCUGGGUGUCGUAUCUGCCGGAGCUCAUGGCAGACCUCCGGGCACACCGGCAAGCCGUGGAUCUGAUGCGCCAGCAGAUCACCGAACACCAAACCGACAUCACCUGGGCCGGACGAUUCGCCGCCACGGCCGGUCAGUCACUUCCCACACACUGCCACGUCAGUCCAGAGUGCAUCUGUGUGCUGUGUGCAGGGUUCUAUGGUAAAGUGAUCUUGGCUGCGACUGCCUGGUGCAUCGGCGUGAUAUCCCAGCUGCUGGCGCCCAUGACCGUCGAGGCUGAGGACUACAGACUCCUGUGCCUGCUCAAGGAGCAGGUACACACACACACACAUACCAAGACCCCCCUGUGUGUGGGGGGGCUCUACUGCAUGCCCCUCUCUCUCUCCGUGUGUGGGCGUAGCUGGGCCGCGAGCGUGGCUUCGUGUGUGCGAUGGGCUCCAAGGCGUCACUCAAGAGAGACUGGGACGCCGCGCGGGUGUUUGCAGGUCGGUAUCGUGGCAACAAACACCGCCCAGCCAUCCCAUCCCCACCGCGAGUGUCUGUGUGUCGGGUUAUGUAUGUGUUGUCAGAGAUGGUCGGUGCGCGUCGUUUCCUGAUAGCGUCACUGCGCGGCACGUCGUUUGCCGAGGUCAAGGCUUUGGACAAGCUGGAGCGGGUGGAGGACGCACUGUGGAAAGUGCAGGGCAAAGUCAGGGUGAGUUGCGCGCCACACCACACCACACCAUUAUACGCACCAUGAAUGGCUGGUACCCGUCCGUGUCUGUGUGUCUUCCAUCCAGGCUGCCAAGUGGUUCCAGGUGGUGUCAGCGGUCAUCGAGUGCGUCACCAAGUCGCAAAACGAAACGCUCAGAAAGGUGCCUAGGCACACACCUCAGCCCUCACCAACACACACCCAGAGCAGUGAGGUAGCCAGCCCAUCGGCUCCCUCCGUGUCUGUCUGCACCGUGUGUUACGUCAGGUUGAGAAGCUCUUCCCCACGGCCGUCGAGACCGCCCUUGCCGAAACACCCGGACCAGCAGCGGCAGCAGUGGCACCCUGACGAAUGACCGGGCGCGGUUGUUUAUUGGCUGAUUGAUGGGUUGCUGGUGUGGGUGGGGUGCGUGAGUGACAGCGACAGUGGCGUGGAGACACACACACACAGACACACACACACACACAGACACACACACACGGGCGAGGAGGCACCAAAGGGGGCCUCCUCGCCACAGGUACAGGGGGCGGGCGCGUGGGGGUGGGUGGGAUGGUGGGUGUCAGGUAGUGUGUGCUUUGCUCUUUCUGUGCUUCACUGCCACCAUUUGCUGUGUUGUGUUGGUUCUCGCUUACCUUACCUUACCUUACCUUGCAGCGUUGCGUGUGCCAGGUCAGGUGUAUAUCAUGAAUGACAUGGCUGGGCGUAUGCGGCUCGCGUUGCGUUGCGUUGCGUGUGAGAGGCCAUCCCCCAUUUCUUCGGCUGCGUGUUGCGUGGGCCGUGUACAUCAAUCACAUCAUUUGGUGUUUGGUGUUUUCCUCCCUGGUGCGUGCCGUGCCGCCUUUGCUCUGUUCCAUCCAUCCAUUUGGCUUGCGAUGCGAGGACUGGUGCUUUGUGGCGUUGCUGCCUAGCUAUAGGUGGGUGAGUCGUUCGUUUGUGCGGCCGUGUAUGGUGCAUUCAUUCACGCACUCACACACGGGUCAAGUCGUGUCGCUCUAUGGCGUAUGUGGGUGUUUUGUGAGAGAGGGGUCAGUAGACGAGGGAGGGAGACCCACCACCCUGACCAGUUACUUCAUUCAUUUGUUUAAGUAAUUCCGCU